GGGGAGGGCAGUAACUCGGCUGCUGCUAAUUCACCUCCACCGAAGAAGCUGUAGAACCGCACGUGUUACCACAGUGUCAACAUGGGGAAAAGAAGGCAAAAUAAGCAGCUUUUUACAAAUUUAACAAAAAAACAGAAGAAACACUUGAAGGAGUUCGGAGAGGAGCAUCCAUUUCAUGAUGUAGUUGGCGCAAGACCUGAAAGAACUGAGAUAUUGGAACUGCCAGCAAGCCCAGGACAGUCUGACGUUGAGCCUGAUGAGCUAGAAGAUGAGGAGGAGGAACCAGAGCAGAAAACAGCCUAUCAGAAGCUUCUUUCAACUCUCAGCCACCCCACCAGUAAUGACCAGAGUGAAGAGGAGAGCACUGAUGAUGAAGAGGAAGAAGAAGAGGAGCUCCUUGUUGAAGGGGACAGUGAUGAAGUUGGUGAUGAUAGUGAGCAUGAAGAUGAAGAUGAGGAAGAAGAGCCCAAGGAUGCAGCUGAGGCUCUGACUGAAGCAGUAGAAGGGGAGGAGAUGGUGGAGCAGGAGGCAGGAGAUGAGUUCGUAGACAAGGAGCAUGAGUCCCAGUUCUGUCUGGAGACCAACUUCACGGAUGAAGGAGGACAAGAGGAGACUGAAAGCACUGCAGAACAGGACGACAGCAAAGACAUGUUUGUACAGCAUUUGGACACGGAGCUUGGUGAAGAAGAUGUGCAAAAGAUAACAUCUGGUAGCAAAGCCAAGUCUCAGAUCACGUGGGCAAAAUUGGGCAAUUUACUCUGUGCCAUUCCACUGGAAAGGUUUGGAUUCAUCGGCCCACAGAAAGAAUCAAACCUGCCAGUUUUUCACAAAGUUUUGGAGACCCGCUGGAAGGAUCUGAACCAGACCUCCAACUCUAAAGGGGUGACUGAGGUGGUUGCCCCACUGCAGCUAGAGCUGCUAGCUCUCAUGGGCACCUACAAGGACAUCUAUUACCCAGAGGCCUGUCCUGUGAACCAGGGCCCUCAAGUUAGCAGUGCAUACUGCCUCCACGUGCUCAACCAUGUUCUGAAGGCCAACUCCCGGGUCCUGGCUCAUAACGCGCUGUUAAGGGAACAGAAAACUCAGGCUAAAGCUGGAGCUGAGCCGCAGGACGAACCAAGAGACCAAGGACUGACCCGGCCCAAGGUCCUAAUUCUCGUUCCAUUUCGAGGCGGAGCUCUGCGAAUCGUGCAAACGCUUAUCAGCCUGCUGGAGACCAAAGGCAAGAAGAUAGUGGUGAGCAACAAGAAAAGGUUCAAGGAAGAGUUUGGAGAAGAGGCAGAGGACAAGGCAACCAGGGUGCAAAGACCAGAGGAGUACAGCGCCAUCUUCUCGGGCAAUGUGGAUGAUCACUUCAGGCUAGGCAUCUCCAUUGUGAGGAGCAGCAUACGUCUGUACUCCCCGUUUUAUUCAUCAGACAUCAUCAUUGCAUCUCCGCUGGGUCUCCGAACAGUAAUUGGAGCAGAGGGAGAAAGUAAGAGAGACUUUGACUUCCUCUCCUCUAUCGACCUGCUGGUGGUGGACCAGGCAGAUGUCCUACUCAUGCAGAACUGGGAGCACGUCUUGCAUGUAAUGAAGCACAUGAACCUGCAGCCGCUGGACUCCCAUGGUGUUGACUUCUCCAGGGUGAGGAUGUGGAACCUGAACAACUGGGCAAGACACUACCGGCAGACGCUGGUGUUCAGCUCCAUUCAAGACCCACAGAUCAACAACAUCCUCACCAAGCACUGUGCCAACUACCGCGGACAGAUUGCCACUAAGAACAUGCCAAAAACAGGUUCCAUCUGCCAGGUGCUGGUUCAGCUGCCUCAUGUUUUUCAGAUGUUCUCCUCUGACAGCUUCCAGGACCAUGAUGCCCGGUUUCAGUUCUUUGUAGACAAAGUGCUUCCCCAGUACAGGGACUCCGUUAUGUCCCACACUCUGAUCUACAUCCCGUCUUACUUCGACUACAUCCGGUUGCGCAACUACAUGAAGAAAGAGGAGCUAAACUUUGCCAGCAUCUGCGAGUAUUCCAGCAGGUCAGAGGUGUCCCGAGCCAGGCACUUCUUCCAGAAAGGGGAUAAACACUUCCUGCUCUUCACUGAACGCUUCCACUUCUACAAGAGAUACACCAUCAAAGGCAUCCAGAAUUUGAUAUUUUAUGGAUUGCCCUCCUUCCCCCACUUCUAUAGCGAGGUGUGUAACAUGCUGGCAGCGGGGGGUCGGGGGGAGGAGGCCAGCUGGACCUGCACUGCCGUUUUCUCCCGCUACGAUGCACACAAGUUAGCGGCCAUCACCGGAGCCCAGCGAGCCGGGCAGAUGCUGCACUCCAACAAGACUGUUCACCUCUUUGUUACAGGAGGGGAGGAUAAAGCUUCCUGAUGGAGCUGGACAGAUAAAGGAGCACCUCUUCAUAAAGCCACGGGAGAUAUCUACUGUACAUUAACACAGUAAGAUGACUCUGGACUGAACGGUUUUGAACGCCUGUCUGUGAUAGUGGAUUGCCAUGUGGCACAACACAGAGUACCUGGUUUGACAU